UUGCAAGAAAAACCUACAUCGCAACCCGCGCCUCAGCCCGCGCCACAACCCGCGCCACAACCCGCGCCACAACCCGCGCCACAACCCGCGCCGCAGCCCGCGCCGCAACCCACGUCGUACUUCGCGCCGCAACCAGCACUGCAGAUCGCACCACCCCCUACGCCUCAGCCCGCGCCACAACCCGCGCCACAACCCGCGCCGCAGCCCGCGCCGCAACCCACGUCGUACUUCGCGCCGCAACCAGCACUGCAGAUCGCACCACCCCCAAUCGGAAAAGACUCGGUCGUCGCUGGAUGCGGUAAAGUGGAAGGAGCUGGCACUGGGGAGCCCCUGCCCAGAGUUGGGAACAGUAUUCCAUCUGAGGCCGAACCUGCACCUUGUAAAGUUGCAGGCGGUGUGCCGGCAUGA